UUUCAAUUUUGCAACACGUAUAUUAGGUAUAUUAUUUAUAUAUUCAUUUCUAUAUUUAUUUAUUUGAUAUUAUUUAUACACAUCUAAAAGAAAAUGGAACAUAAAUUAAACUAAAUUAAAUAAUUCCUAUUUUGAAUAUUAUUGAUGACUAAAUUUAGUUUGAAAAGUGUAUAGAACAGAUUAACAUUAGAUGGUACAAUCGCAGGAAACCCUCUGAUUUAUGUAAUAGAAUAUCCCCUUAAAAGUAACUAAGGUUUAAUAUGAGCCAUAACAGAAACUUAUUGUCUAAAUACACCAACCAAUAUAUUCGGUACCUUCUUCCAAGACAACAACAUCAGAAAGUUCCCACUACCGAACAUCUACAAACAGAUGGUACAUAUGAGCAACAAUACUAUUCAAUAUGGCCACCACCCUUAGUAAUACCGAUUAUCUCAAUUUUACAAAUAAUAUUUUUUAUCGUGAAUAUUAUUUGUACCAAAUCGAUUAGGAGUGGUGUAGUCCCCUGGGAAGAGGCACUAAUUUAUAGUCCCCAAAAACGGAAAGAAGUCUGGAGAUAUUUUACUUAUAGUCUUGCACAUAUAGGAUAUACUCACCUAAUAGUCAAUUUAGUAGUUCAAUUUUUGCUUGGUUUACCAUUGGAAAUAGUCCAUAAAAAAUGGAGAGUGUUGGUACUAUACUUCGCAGGUAUACUAGCUGGAUCACUUGGAUCGACAAUCGCUCAUCCAAAUACUUAUCUUUAUGGAGCAAGUGCUGGAGUGUACGCUCUCUUAUUGGCACAUAUCGGAACUAUUAUUAUAAAUUGGCGCGAAAUGACAUUGCCAGGAAUACAAUUGGGAGGUUUUUUGUCCAUUAUCCUGUUAGAUAUUAUAUUAACUAUAAUUGCUAAAGAUAACAGCCAGCAUGGCGUACCUAUAGGAUACACAGCUCAUAUCGCAGGUGCAAUCGCUGGACUAUUAGUUGGGAUAUAUAUUUUGAAAAAUUUUGAUCCUUCUACGAGAACCAAAAUCAUAUUCUGGACUGCUUUAUUAUUUUACUUUAUAUUUAUGUGUAUUCUCAUAUAUUUUAAUAUUUUUUUAUCGAAUACUUUAAAAUAUUAAGUUAAUAUAUUAUUGUUUAUUUAUAUUUAUAUAUUAAUAUUUAGUUACGAUUUAACAUGGAUGGUCUGAAUAAAAC